AUGAAUGCCACUGUACAAGUUGCUGGUUAUGUAGCCAGGCUCAUCUCACAAGAUGGGACUAGAAUAUAUUGCUGUGUCUACUCUGACAAAAAAAGGGAAUCUGGAGAUCGUGUUUCUGAACUAAGGGAAUGGAGACCGGUCAUUUCUAGAAAGUGCACAGACCCUCUCUGGCUGCUCCUCUUCUUCCUUUUCUGGGCCGGUUUGAUGUUUGUAACUGGCUAUGCUGUGAUGGCUGGUGCUGCAGAAAGACUUGUGCUUGGAUAUGACAGCUUUGGGAACAUAUGUGGUAGGAAGAAUGUUCCUGUAAAAGGGGUGCCCCUUUCUGGAAAGGACAUGACUAAUAAAAAGUAUGUGUUCUUUCUGAAUUCAUGCAGCCCGGAAAUGCAAAGCCUCAAAAUCAGUUCAGUUUCCUUGUGCGUGUCUAGUUGUCCACAAGAGCAGCUCAACUCUUUGGAAGACCUCCAGAGUUUUGCAAGGAACAAUGGUUCUUGUCUUUGUGUUUACAACCUGAGCAUUUCCAGUUACACGCUAAAUCCAAAGGCAGCUGAGCUAUGUCCCACACUGCCUGUUCCACCAAGUAAAUCUUUUCCAUUAUUUAAUCGGUGUGUUCCACAACAUGCUGAAUGCUAUUCCAAUUAUGCAUCUGUCUUGAUAAGUGUGGUUAACGAAAUGGAUGUUUUUCACCGAAUUCUGAGUGGAAUAUUGGCAGGAAGAGAUACUGUGAUAGGACUGAGUGUUCUUGCACUAGCUUUCUCUUUUAUAGUGGUUUUGACCUUCAGAUUCAUUCGGAUGCUUCUGGUCCAUACUUUGAUUGCACUGGUUGUGUUUGGGUUGUUAUUUGUCUCGGGUGUCCUCUGGUGGCUCUACUAUGACUACAGGAAUGAUCCUAGCACUGAACUGGAAACAGAAAAGGAGAAUGUAAAAUUUCUAUUUGGGUAUGCCAUCUUCUCUACAACAGUUACAGUUGUUCUGCUUUCCCUUAUACUUGUGCUAAGAAAAAGGCUUCAGUCCACUGUACAGCUCUUUCAGAUUGUUGGUAAAAUAAUCGGCAGAAUCCCUUUCCUUCUGUUCCAACCACUUUGGACCUUUCUGAUUCUGAUUGUCUUCUGGGUAUUUUGGGUUGCUGUGCUGCUUAGCUUAGGAACUGCAGGUACUGCACAGACUACUUCAGAAGGACAAGUGGAAUACAGAGCUUUUUCUGGAAUUUGCUACAUGGCAUGGUAUCAUUUCGUUGGCCUUAUUUGGACUAGUGAAUUCAUUCUUGCCUGUCAGCAAAUGACAAUUGCUGGAGCAGUGGUUACUUGUUACUUCAACAGGAACUGGCUGUGGAGUACACCCAAUAGUACUGAAAACAUUUUAGUACAACCACUUUGGAGCCCUCCUCUUGUUUGCCAGGCUCUGUCAGCACAGAUCUGCAGAGACACAGAGCAGGGGGAGAAUGGUGAGAGGAUGGUGAGCAACGAGAGCGAUCACAGCAUCGAGGGCAGGGGUUAUCUCAAUCUGUUCCAGCAAUUCUGAGCUUGUCCGCUAUGUGUUUUUAAUAUAUUCCCUGGGGCAGUAUCAUAAAGACAUGUCACAAGAGUUUGUUGAUGAUACCUCACAGUGAGGCUUUCUUCUUGGGUUGUAAGGAAAUGGCAUGCGCCUUUCCCUGCGGAAAUCUCCUACAGCACACGCAGCAAUGUGCUGUGCAGCCCGCAGUUGCAGCAGAGCUGCAAGCAGGGAGGGCAGGGUUGUUGCUGUAGUUUUACAAGUAAUGUAUGUUUGAUCUGCAGUACCACUGCCAAAAAUGGAUUUUGCCUUCUUUUGUUUUAGUUGAAGCAUGAAUUUGUGAAAGAAUUUAUUAAUUUGAUAAAAUAAAGAAGAUUUAUUUUAUUAAUGGUUAUUUUUUAAGACUUGUGAAAAUGGCUCAAUCUAAAAAAAAAUUCUGUUAGUAUUGCUGUCUUAUAUGAGGGUUUAUUUUCACCUUGGUGUGCUUAGAGGUUAUGCAUAUGUUUGCCUUUUUGAUGAGGUUUUUCCUCAGGAUUAAACUCAGGAUUAAAAAGGUGAUAUGGUAACUUGACUCAUGUCACAGUGAUUAUUGUCCUGUCCAUGUUUGAACUUAUUUGAUAACUAAUGCAUGGAUGUCACUGCACAGCGUUGACACUAAGAGAGUGAGUAAGCCUUUGUGGGACUGGGGUUUUAAAACUGACUCUUAGAUAGUCAGUACUACAGACUUCCAGUAGAUUCAGUAAAGAGGUGAAAUACAUCUCCCGGUAAGUCAGCAAUCCAGCUUUAUGGAGUUGCACCAAAGUCACUGAGAUAUUGAGAACUAGGAUUGAAUUUUUAGAAGAUUCCUCUCUCCUUUUCAAAUAUAUCUGUAGUGUUUAUGAGUAUCCUUUGCCCUGCUGACACACUUGACCCAACUCAUGUGAAAGGGCUCUUGGCAUGCGUGUGGUUGGAACUAUUCCUGGUUUUCAGUACAGGUAAAAGGGCAAUUGCAGGUACAGACUGUGAGUUCAGUGUUAGCUUAAUGGUGUCUCUUCUAUUACAGAUCUUGUAAAUUAUUGUAUUUGUUUAAAGCUGAAAUUCAUGUUUACUUGAAGAACAUGUGAGUCAUUCCUUAAAGCUUUUGAAGUAUUUUACACUAAAUCUCUUUUUAAGCAGCCUUUGGAAAAAGAUGAGACAGGAUUGAAGAAAACCAUAAGCAUAGUUUUGAAAAGGAUGGGCUUUAAAAAAAAAGUCAUGGUUCUUUCAAAUAUUCUGAGUGUAUCUAGAUUGCCUUUUUUCUUCACACACACAAACAGUGGAUUUAAAAUGAAAGCUGAGAUGUAUGUGUGAACCAAGGAUCGAAGGAAGUUAGUGUUAAAAGAUACCAAAUAUCACAGAGCUCAUAAGAAAACAAAGACAAUUGGCAGCAAUUAGGAAAUAAAAUAAUUAAAAGAUGGUGUAGUAUUGAGUACAGAUUCACAGGAUUUUGGAACAGUAGUGUUCUGUGUAAAUCCCUUGGGAUUUACAUAAAAUAGGAAUACCAAAGAGGAAAAUCAAGGUAAUCAGUCUUGUAACCAGUUCUAUCAGGCAGAUUCCUGUUUUCUUCCAAUACUUUGCAUGCAUUUGAAGGCACCAUGUCUGCACUAUGAAGUCUACGUGUGGAGGAUUCACUGAACAGUAUAAACUGUGCACAAAAACUAAUAUAUGUCAGAUUGCAUGUUUGUGCUAAAGUCAUUUCAGAUUGCAGCCAUAUAAUGUAAAAAGCUGGAUGAAACUUCAUCCGUUGGGGUUCUUGGUGUAGGUGGAAGACUGAGCCAGACUUGAGCUUGAUUAGAGUCACAGACAUAACCUGUUGCUGCAUUUAGUUACCACUUCCUAUGCUUCCUUCCCUGAGCAUAGAAAAUAUUCUUUCUCUAUUCUAUUCUGUUUGGAAGCAAAGCAAGAAGCUUUGUCAGGUGCUGUUCUUGUGAGAAUUCUUUUGCUAGGAAAAGAAGGUGUGGAAGAGUUUCCAAGUGUGUAGAAAUUUAUCUAAACUAAACUUCAAAUUCUGAGAUUCUGCUCAUUAAUCAGACCUGCUAAAAUACCAAAGCCUUUUUUCUCAUUCUUCUUAGUAGCAAGUAAAUUAUUAACAUGUGAGUAAACUUUGUCCUUUUUGUAUUUCUCAACCAUGGUUAGUUUUUAACUUGCAGAAAUUUAAUCUUUAAUAUUUUGAGAUCUGACUGAGGCUGUGAUGGGUAAGGCAGUGUAAAAGGGAAAAGGAAACACUGUUACUAUAUGGAUAGAAUAAGGCCUGUGUUUUGGUAUGUGUGUAACUCCAACAUGGAAACCUCAUCACUUUUUUUAAUGAAGAAAUAUAUAUACAUGUAUAAAUAUGAAGUAGAGAAUUCCAGUAUCCCUCAAGCAGUUCCCCUAGUGG